UGAAAAACCGUAGAAGUACAAGUCAGCUGCGCCACAUCGUGGAAGAUUGCUUGUUGCAGUUGGAAAGGAUUUCUUGUCCAGUAAUUACUCAUCGUGUCAGAGGGGCCGACAAGACAUUGAUGAGUGGUGAAGUCUUUUGGACAAAUGCAGCAGAUAUGCCGAACAACAUAGCAAAUAUUGUUUUGCAAGAUUUACGUGAGGUGUAGCUAAUAGUUUGGUUGUGAUGGAAGGGUUACAAGAUCCCCUGAUUAAUGAAAUAGACAAUAGCAACUCAUUGACCUGGGCUGAUCGAGUGAGUCCGAGUAUCCUCUAAAAGAAAUGGCCCAUAAUCUGAACCCGGAAAAUCCACCCGAAGCCGGCCCAUCAAGUCACAAAAACAGGCAAAAAUGAAAUAUGGCACUACAGAAACCUAGUCCAAGGAUCUAAGGAACUCUUGUUUGAAUCUCAUCCAUUCUCAAUCUUCAUUGCCCCCGAAGCUAUCAGUAAAUUAAUUUUCCUUUUGGGUUUUGCUUCUUUGGAUGGUCGAAUAAACGGUUCCAAUUUUGUUUUAUGGAAUUCUUAUUUGCAUUUGAAUGAAUGUAAAACAGGUGUUUUCAUAUACUUCUGAACCAUGUCUACCCCUUUGACGCCUUCCAAGAGACCACAUGAUAGGAACCCUUCAGAGACAAAUGGGAAAAGAAAGUUGCAAAAGUCAGGGCAAUCAAAAAUUUUGCCUGGUGGUAUUGUUUUUCGUGUACUAUGUCCUGCAUCUAAAACUGGUAGUGUCAUUGGUAAAGGUGGCACCAUCAUAUCACAAAUUCGUCAGGAAACUGGUGCAAAGGUCAAAGUUGAGGAAGUCGUCCCUGGUUGUGAUGAGAGAGUAGUUGUCAUCAUGGGUUCUGAAUCUUCUGAUAAAGAGGCUGGAGUGAGUAUCGAGCAGGGGAAGGAGGAUGGUGGUGAAGAGGCCAAUGCAGCCAAUCAGAGUGAUGAAGAAAAGGAAAAUGGUGAAAACAAUGAUGAUAAAAUUUCUGAUCCUGUGAAAGAUUUGAAAUCCGUAAAGGAAACUUCAUAUGUGCAGAAGGCCUUGUUACUUGUUUUUGAAAGAAUAAUUGAAGCAGAGCCAUAUUUAGGUGGAGUUGAUGAGGAAACUGUUAAGUCUUUCACGAUGGUUUUAAGGUUACUUGUUCUUUCUAGUCAAGUUGGCUGCCUUUUUGGCAAAGGUGGCAGUGUAAUUAAGCAAAUGUCUACUGAGAGUGGGGCACAGAUUCGAAUUCUUCCUAGAGACAAACUUCCUCCAUGUGCUACAGCUUCUGAUGAACUAGUUCAGAUCACGGGGGAGGUUGCUGCAGUUAGGAAAGCUCUUCAAUCCGUUUCUCAACAGCUUAUAGAAAAUCCACCUCGGGAUCAUGACUCUUCCCCUCUCAACCCAUCAGGGCAGUCAUCCCAUUCAUUUGGUCCUAGGCCUGAAGUCCACCCACCACCAAACCAUUCUUUUAGUUCUCAAGGACCACCUUUUGCUGCAGGGCCUCGGGACGUUGAUAUUCAUUCAGCUGUUCCGCCUCUUAUCCCUGGCAGAAUGAUGCCUUCUAUGGAAAUGCUAACAUUCCGGUUAUUGUGUCAUCAAGAAAGAGUAGGUGGUGUUAUUGGAAAGGGUGGAGCAAUAAUUAAGACUCUUCAGCAAGAGACAGGCUGCGAGAUCAAAGUUGUGGAAGGUAUUUCUGACUCGGAGGACCGCAUAAUUGUCAUAUCUGGUCCAGCGCACCCAGAUGAUAGGAUAUCAGCAGCACAAGAUGCAGUAUUCCGUGUGCAUACCAGGAUAAAUAGGGCUAUACCUGAUAGCAAGGACAAGACUUUGAUGGCCAGGCUUCUUGUAUCGUCAAAUCAAAUUGGUUGUCUCCUUGGCAAGGGUGGUGCCAUCAUAGCUGAAAUGAGGAAGUCGACUGGGGCUCAUAUUCGUAUAUUGGGAAAGGAUCAGGUUCCAAAGUGUGCUUCAGAAGGUGAAGAAGUUGUUCAGAUUAAUGGAGAACAUGACACUGUUUGUGAGGCUCUUUUGCAAAUAACAACUAGGCUGCGGCAUCAUUUCUUUCGUGAUGCAUUCCCUUCUAUUAACCAUCCUUCAAAUCCUGCCUUCCUGGAUCAAGGACCCCCAUUUCCUUCAUUUAUGGGAAGGAGGGAAUUUUCACCUCCAGGAUUAGGUCCAUUUCACCAUUUUGAUGCUUUUGGUGGCCCACCUCCACAUGGUGGUUUUCAUCCCCAUGAUGAUCCUCCUUUCAUGCGCAAUAUUCAUCGACCAGGCAUGCCUCCCCAUAUAACUGAAAGAAAACCAUGGGCCCCUCAGGGAUUUGUUGGCAUGCCAGAUUUUGCUGGACCUCCCCACCGAAGAAUUUCUGGUUUUGGAGGAGGAAGCCAACCAGCUAUUAUUACAAGCACCACCAUUGAAGUUGUUGUUCCUCGUUCUCUUGUUCCUACCAUAUAUGGAGAAGAUGGUGCAUGUUUGAAACAGAUACGUCAGAUUUCUGAUGCAAAAAUUACAAUUACUGACCCCAAGCCAGCGGCAACAGAAACAGUGAUUAUAAUAUCUGGAACACCUGAACAAACCCAUGCAGCCCAGUCUCUAAUUCAGGCUUUUGUGAUGAGUGAGACAGAAUCGUCGUGAACUAAAUUAAGAUUGCCAGGGAUUCUGAUUUCACAGUUUUGUGAGUAAUGCCGAAACUUUUUUAAACUACCUAGGGAUUGAUGUCAUACUUUGUAGAUUUAUUAGUUCCUUCUGUAAAGCAUACCUCUUUAAUCUCACAUGAGGAAUUACACUAGUGAUCGAUUUGUACUUCAGGUUUUAAAAGUUAAGAAGGAAACUAUUUUGACUUACAUAAACAUUUGGAUUGAAUGAGGCUUCAAUAGACUGGAAGGAAACUAUUUUGACUUACAUAAACAUUUGGAUUGAAUGAGGCUUCAAUAGACUGUGAUACGUAAAUACAUUUUAGGCACAUCAUCAAACAUGGUCGCUUGUUUUGUUA